AGACCUCCGUUUGGCGUUCAAUGUUGACCAUAAUAUUCUAUUAGAACAAUUAGAGUAAGCUGUAGGCAUUACAGGUACUGCGCUGCAGUGGUUUGUAUCAUGUCUAUCUAAUAAACUCCAGUUUGUUGUAAAUGGAGAGUCCUCUUCACACACUGAGGUUAAUUAUGGAGUUCCACAGGGUUCAGUGCUUGGACCAAUUCUGUUUACAUUAUACAAGCUUCCCUUAGGCAGUGUCAAUUUGAUGUUAAAGUGCAAUCCAGAAUCUAAAAUGACUACAAAACUUUUAACUGGUGGUUAUACCCUUCAGCCAGUGUCCCUAACACACAUUUCAGUUUAGGGCCAGUUAAAAUUAUUUCAAUUUUUUUAAUUAAGGCUUAAAAGGUUUGCAGUAACUGAUUUGAUAAUGUCAGUUAAACACAAUGUUAGAGACUUCAGGACAGGUCAUAUUGCAGGGUACACUAAAUCUGAGAAACUGAGUUAUGACAGUAGGUUUAACAGCUUAUUGACACUCGAUUGGAUUUUGUUCUCCAUUUUAUCCAUCUACUUUUCUUUUGUGUGUGUGCGUGUAUGUGUUGUCGGUGUUGUUUGGGGUUCUUUUCUCCCAUCAUGGUACGGAUAUGUUUUUGAUUGCGCCAUCAUUUCAUGCUCUAUUCCUGUAAGUAUUAGUUAGUAGUCCAAUGUUUAGUUUCAUGACCAAAGAUAGAACCACAAUUCUGUUUGGUUAGUUAUCUGUCAUUAGGGACAGUUGUCCACCUUCCUCCAUUGUGGAAUUUCUAGGUUAAAAAUAAGUUUGUAACCUACUUGCUAACAAUUGUUCGGUUACUGUCCUCUCAGAACUUUGAAUGAGACUCAGCCGUGGACGUCACCUCAGGUUUCAGAGCGCUACCUUUCAGCUCAUUAUCCAACAAUGGGCCAGAUUAGCCCUCGAACACGCAAGUCGAUGAGCCUCGACAUGGGUCAGCCUUCACAGGCCAACACCAAGAAGCUCUUGGGCACCCGGAAGAGCUUUGAUCAUCUCAUAUCAGACUCCAAAGCACCAAAGAGACCAGAAAUGGAGUCAGGCAUGACUACCCCUCCAAAGAUGAGGCGUGUAGCAGAGAACGACUAUGAGAUAGAGACACAGAGAAUUGGAAACUCUCACCUUCGCAAGGUGUCUGUAUCAGAGUCCAAUGUUCUGCUGGACGAGGAGGUGCUUACCGAUCCAAAGAUCCAGGCUCUGCUGCUCACUGUGCUGGCCACCCAGGUCAAAUACACCACUGAUGACUUUGACCAGCGGAUUCUGUAUGAGUAUUUAGCUGAAGCUAGUGUUGUCUUCCCAAAGGUUUUUCCAGUUGUCCACAAUCUACUGGACUCCAAGAUCAACACUGUGCUAUCCAUGUGCCAGGAUAUCAAUCUCCUGAACCCUGUCCACGGCAUUGUCCAGAGUGUGGUGUACCAUGAGGAGUCACCCCCCCAGUACCAACCUUCCUAUUUACAAAGCUUUGGCUUUAAUGGACUUUGGAGGUUUGCUGGACCCUUCUCUAAGCAAACCCAGAUUCCAGACUACGCUGAGCUGAUUGUCAAGUUCUUGGAGGCAUUGAUUGACAGCUACCUGCCAGCAGCUGACGAGGAACGAGGGGAGGAGCAACUGAGGACACCUACUUCCCCCUACCCUCCUACCAGCCAGAGCCAGCUUAGCAUCACUGCCAACCUCAACCUGUCAAACUCGAUGACCUCACUGGCCACUUCACAGCACUCACCAGGUGUCCAUCUCUCUCUACAACAAAAAGCAUACAGUCACUCUAACUCUCUGUAUUAAAGCUUCCUGUUUUUUCACCUCGUCUACAUGUUUUACUUCAUCAUCUAGUGAAAUCAAAUCAAAAUGUUCUCAUCCAAGUCACAGUCCAGAGAGAAAGCUGGUCACAU